AUGUCGUCAUCGCAUGUUUACUUCUUUAGCGCCAUUAAAGUUGCACUGAACACUCAGACCCCAGCCAUUGACAACGAGCCAACUUACCCCACGUUUACACCUAAUGUUAUGUAUGUGUGGGCAUUCAUAGUGGUCGCCGGGGCAGAAUUAUCCUUUGGGAUUCUGUAUGGGGCUCUCUUCUACAAGCAAUGGAGGAAGACUAACACGAUAACUCUGCUAGGCGCGAACCUCUACAAGAUGCUACUCGAUUCAAAACCGGUAUCAGUGAUGCUAAUGCACCAGUACCAAAAAAAAAAAAUUUUACCAGUAAGGCCUGAUGGUAUUGAUGAUCGUAUCGGCAUCUUGGCGGAAGCGGAAAACAGGCGUAGGUUAAAGAGGAUGAUUAUUUUGCAGGUGCUAGAUGGAGCCAGCAAGGAUUCAGUCUUUGAAGAAGAGCAGCCGGUCCCUGAGCCCCCUGCACAGCCCCUCUCCCAAGAAGCUGAGGAGGAGACAGCACCUGUCGAGGAGAGCCUACCGUCUAUACCAUCGUCCCAACAAACCCUACAAACUGAAGGGAUAAAGAAGAUGGAAGAAAGGUUGAAGAAAGAGCGCGAGAUGGAACGACAAAAGAAGAGGCUGAAAGAGUUGGAGAAACAGCAGAAGUUGGAAAAACAGAAAAGUUUAGAUGAAGAAGAAAAACGAAAAAAAGAAGAACAAGCGAAACUAGCGCAAAAGAAACAAGUGAAGAAAGGUGCGAAUGUGUUGUUGGCUGAUGUUUUGGAAGAUAAUUUUGCAACUACAGUCAAGUCUAGUGCUGCUAUUCCACGUGGAAAGCUUCGUCCGUUUGUGCCGUUCAAAAAAUCGAAGAGAAAGAAAAUUAAGGAACGAACUCCACUCAAAAAGUUGAUGGAGGAGCACCAAAAAGAACUUGAAGAAGAAACUUCGAGAAAGCAAAUAAAGGAAAUGUUUGAUAAGAAGAAGCACAGACGAUCAUGGGUCGAUGAGCCAGAACCGUAUCCCGAUCCUGAAUCUAUGAAGAAACAGCUCGUCAUUGGAAUUCUUGAGGAAGGAGACCACUUGGACAAGAAAAGCUUUAAAGUCAUACAAAAAGAUAAAGUGCCACCCGCUCACCAGAAACUUAUGGACAUCGAUCAAGCAAGAGUUAACAAGAUUCUAUUGUCACCGGACCAUAAAAACGCUCAAAACCUGACCGCGGAGGAAAUUACACCGAUGAUUCACCCCAUGCCCCACGUGCCAGGUGAGCCAAUCCAAUUGAAGGGUCCCAUCGAGGUAACGCCUGUGAAAGGAUUGCCGCCAGAGCAACAAAAAGAGCAACAGCUCAUCCACCAGCAAUUGAUUGAACAUAAACGGCAACAAACUCCACAUGAACCAACUUCCAAACAACCGCCGACAACACCAAAAUCUGUUCCAGUCUUGCAACCAGACAGACCUUUGAUAAUUCCAACAAAAACAGGUUCCAUAGUAGCCACCCCACUGGAGCCAACUAUAAUGGGAACUGUACCUUUCCAACGCAAGAAAAGUUCAGCGAGAAAAUCGCUACAGAAGCAAUUUGAGCAACAGCAACCGCAAAAACCACUACAACCCUCCCAAUCCAUCAUGAGCAAAUCCGAGGGAUCGACAACGAGAACGACGCCCUACACAACUACUACGGCAGAUGCAAAAACUGCUUCACAAACGGCCACUCAAACGGGGGGAUCAACAGCCACACCAACCCGCUCAACAUUAACAUCGACCCCCCUCUCAACGCCACUGGCCACUUCGACCCCCGUCUCAACGCCACUGGCCACAUCAUCGGCGACGACGUCGGCUGUCGUCAACCAGCAGCAGCCAGCUUCGGCAGCAACACCAGUGGCCACUAAUGCUCGCUCAAGUCGUCCACAAUCGUUGAAACGCGGAUCUAAAACGGCUUCCGGCAAGAAAUUGAUAAUCACAGGAAGGAAGAAGCCAUUUAAGAAGGAUCAGAAAGAAGGCGAGUCCAUGCAGUUGAACCUUCGAUCUUACAUAACAGAGAAUGAAGUUGACGUCAGCGCUAACAAGCUCACAAGUGGAUCGGUUCUACCUAGCUAUAUGGAUUAG